GAACCGGCUACCUCCCGAGUCUCCGCUGGAUCCGGAGCUGGUGGCUGCGCUUCACUCUAGUCUACAACCGGAGCCGCGCGCCGCCACCCUACCUUCUCCUCCGGGCCGCGCCGAGACGCGGGCAUGAGCCCGCCCCGCGUCCCGCGGAGCCGGAGCCAGCGCCCCGGCCCGGGCCUCGGCGCCUAGGAGCUGGGCGAAGGAUCUGCUAGAACAAUGCUGAGGUGGGGGAGGUGAGGAGUGUCUUAAACAGGUGAUCGGGGACACCAAGCCACCUGGGCACCCCUCCGGGACUCAGCCGAGCCGGCACCCCAAAGACAGCGGGGCAACCAUGGCGACCAAUUUCAACGACAUCGUCAAGCAAGGCUAUGUGAAGAUGAAGAGCAGAAAGCUGGGGAUUUACCGGAGGUGCUGGCUGGUGUUCCGGAAAUCUUCCAGCAAGGGACCCCAGCGACUGGAGAAGUAUCCUGAUGAGAAGUCAGUGUGCCUCCGAGGCUGCCCCAAGGUGACUGAGAUCAGCAACGUCAAGUGUGUCACACGGCUCCCUAAGGAGACCAAGAGGCAGGCGGUGGCCAUCAUAUUCACGGACGACUCCGCUCGCACCUUCACUUGUGACUCAGAGCUGGAGGCAGAGGAGUGGUACAAGACACUGUCCGUGGAAUGUCUGGGAUCACGGCUCAAUGACAUCAGCCUGGGAGAGCCUGACCUCCUGGCCCCAGGAGUACAGUGUGAGCAGACAGAUCGCUUCAACGUCUUCCUGUUACCCUGCCCCAACCUGGACGUGUAUGGGGAGUGCAAGCUGCAGAUCACUCAUGAGAACAUCUACCUCUGGGACAUACACAACCCCCGCGUGAAGCUCGUCUCGUGGCCCCUCUGCUCUUUGCGCCGUUAUGGCCGAGAUGCCACGCGCUUUACCUUUGAGGCGGGCAGGAUGUGUGACGCUGGGGAAGGACUCUAUACCUUCCAGACACAGGAAGGGGAGCAGAUUUACCAGCGGGUUCAUAGUGCCACCCUGGCCAUCGCCGAGCAGCACAAGCGAGUCCUGCUGGAGAUGGAGAAGAAUGUGAGGCUGCUGAACAAGGGCACUGAACACUACUCCUAUCCCUGCACACCCACGGCCAUGCUGCCCCGCAGUGCGUACUGGCACCACAUCACAGGUUCUCAGAACAUUGCUGAAGCCUCCAGCUAUGGUGAAAGCUAUGGGGCAGCCCAGGCCAGCUCAGAAACAGACCUCCUGAACAGAUUCAUCUUGCUUAAGCCAAAGCCCAGUCAGGAGGACAGCAGUGAGGCCAAGACCCCUUCCCAGUGACAGCCAGGCUGGCGAGAACUCAUGAUUUGCUGGGCCGCCUGUUGGAAGGCUCACUGCCGCAGCCCAUGGACAGCCUCAAGGAGCUGGUGGCCAAGAGCCAGAGGAGAGCAAGCUGUCCCUCCUUGCCCUCAAGGGUGAGGCUGGACCUCAGCACAUGGCUGGCCACACCACCUGAGCAUGAGGGGCUAAGAGCCACCAUGGGACUAUACACUGUUAAUGGUUUUAAUAUAUAUGGCUUAUAACAUAUUCUGUAUAAACGAGGCUUCCCUCUAUCCCUCCCCACCAACACAUACCCAUUUUUUAAUUCCACGACCAGGCAUGGUCAAGGUUGUUUUUGAGUAUGAGGGCGGCAGUGCCUGUCCUCAGUGAUACAAUUCUCCUGCUGCCAAGAUGGCUUAGGCUGCCAGGGUCAGAGGAGGGGGGACAAUCAGACUGGUGCUGUCUGCUGGCUCUUCCUCAGAAGCCCAAGGGCCAGGACAGCAGGUAGCUUCUGUCCUCUGAGCCUACAGUGACACAGGAAGUCCUAAACUUCACUGUACCACGUGGCAGCCUUGCACUUGGAAAUGUUAAGCAGAGGUGGCAUCUGGCUUUUAAAUGCACUUUCUGCACUGGCCCCUUCCUGCUCAGUAGGCUGAAGAUGUCUUUGGGCGGGGCUCCCGUUACCUCAGCAGCAGAAGAUGGUUGGGGCCAGCCUGGAGGGAGGACUGCAGCGGGACUGCUGUGGGGAGCACCUUGCUGCUCUCCUUCACUGACCAGGGGUAUAGUGCUCCAGCAGGGGGAGUCCCUUGCCCGGGCCAGCCACCCCAGGCCAGAUUCCAAAACUAAGACCUUCCUAUAUCCCCACACGGUGCUGAGGCUCCCUGCUGAAAUGCAAUUAAAGCAAUUGAUUUUCUAGUGCUGGUAUUUAUUGACUACCGUGCAGAAGGGCUAUCUUUAUAUUCACAUCAAACCUUUUGUUGCGUGUUUCUGUUUUUUAAUACUUUAGGGUUCUGACUUGUGGGAAUAGACCUUGUAAAUAACCACUGUUCACAUGUGUGGUGGAAUGACAAGGGGGGGUCCCUCCCAGGGGGUGCCCUAGAGCCAGGGAGGUGGCACAGCCAGCCCAACUCUGUGACCCAGGAAAUGACCACCCAGAGGUCAGCUAGUUUGUACAAGAAAUGGGCCCAACCCUUUGGGAGGGAGGCAGAACUGGCUCAGUUAGUGGCACGAUGACGCAUGAAGGAGAUUGUUGUGCUCUUUAUUGCCAAAAAUAAAAACUUUUAAAAAGACAA